AGCCGCAUCCUUCACUACACCGCGCUGCGGCCGGAGCUGGGGCUCCAGGCGGAGCCUGAGCCGCUGCUGGCGAAGCGGUGGGACGGGAGACCCGCCCGGCGAUCGGCUGGAGAUGCUGCCUGCAGGGGAGCCCUGAGCAGGUGCUGCUGCUCAUCUAACAUGGCAGUGUCCCUGGGUGCCAGCCAAGCCCUCCAUGAAACAUUGGGGUUGCCAUCCCAGGAGCAGCCAGAGUGCCGUGCUGUGUCCUGCUCGGAGGACUUUGUUUAUGGGGAAGAGGAUUUUGUUCUGUGUGGGGUUGGUUGGUGGAGAAGCAGGUCAGAGGGGCCAGCAAGCCGCACCAUGUCUCGCUUUGACAGAGCUUUGCAGUCCGGUUGGGAGGAGAGGAUGAAGCUGGGUUUGUUCAGGUAUCACCUGGGGGAGCUGCAGACCCGUAUCUUGCCAGGGAAUGUCCGGUUUGUGGCCCAGCUGAACAUCCAGAGAGGUCUGGAGAGAAGGAAACCACAGGACAUCCAGAGUGUCAGGCAGAAAUUCAACCCCCAGCAAUUCCACUUCAAUAAGAUCAAACCAGGGGAAAUCCUCUUCCAUAUGGUCAGGGACCCAAGUCCCCACCCUCCCAGCAGGGGGUGCUCUCAGUUCCAAGGGGGCCCGCCGGAGUCGAAACUCCCAGGGACACCUGACUGCAUCCUAGUGGUGAUUAAUGUCAGCCCCUUGGAGUUUGGACAUGUGCUCUUUAUUCCAGACCCCACACUCUGCCUGCCUCAGAUUCUCACCCAGGAGCUGCUCCAGUUCGGGCUG